UCCCCUCUUCACCCGUUGGGUCAAAGCCGUCAAGGGCGGCGCAUGCACUCAACUUCGAUAGGGUUCCGCAGGCGAUUGUGCUUUUAUAUCAAAUGUAUUUUGACAUUAGAAAGGAAUACCCUUGGUUUCUUUGGCCUGACUUUUGGUUUAUAUGCCGUAAGCGGCUGUGGUGUUCUCAUCGAAUAAUAUUUUGCCACUGGACUUGAUAAAUACAGAGGUUUUAUCUUGGAACUGGAUUUACUAGAUAUACAAGGGCCUUGUGAAACAUCCAGCUCCAAGAUUGUGACGAUUGUCAUUACUAUUAAGUUGAGUCUUAUAAGAACUGUUAGACCAAAACACUUUUCAAAUCUCAUUUUAGUACUAUUGUGAAGAAUUUCAUCAUCAUGGCCAAGAAUAACCUCCCCCCAGGUUUCCGCUUCCAUCCAACUGAUGUCGAACUUGUUUGGUUCUACUUGAAGAGAAAAAUAAUGGGAAAGCCUUUCCGUUUUGAAGCUAUUACUGAAAUUGAAUUGUACAAAUUUGCCCCUUGGGAUCUCCCAGGCAAAUCUCAAUUGCAUAGCAAAGACCUUGAGUGGUACUUCUUCUGUGCUAGAGAUAGAAAAUAUCCUAAUGGCUCUAGAGCAAAUCGCACAACUGGAAAUGGUUACUGGAAAGCUACUGGAAAUGAUAAAGUUGUUGUUCACAACUCUUCUACCAUUGGGAUGAGGAAAUCUUUAGUUUUUCAUGUAGGAAAGCUUCCAAAAGGCAGCAGAACUGACUGGAUGAUGUAUGAGUACAGACUUGAAAGCAAGGAACUGGUUGAUGCUGGAUUCUUUCAGGAUGCAUAUGUUCUCUGCAAAAUCUUCCAGAAAAGUGGUUCAGGUCCUAAAAUUGGGGAGCAAUAUGGUGCACCUUUUAACGAAGAGGAUUAUGAUGACGACACAACUACUGAAGAUUCUUUUCCUCUUGGUCCAGAAUCCUUAGCUUGUCAAACUACUUUGUUCAAUCCUGUCACUGAGCAAGCUAUGACCUCUGCGGUCAUUGAGACAUCUUCUGACCAUGAUCUUCUUGAAUUUGAUGGAAUACUGCUGGAUGAAUUUUUAGAGUUUCUUAAUAGCUCUCCACCUAGAGAGAAUGCUCAUCAUGAGGUCCCUGAUUCAGCUGUUCCCAAUGGAACUGUUGAUGAAACCUCUUCCAUAGGCCCUGAGGAAAUCUCUACUGAAUUAGAAAAUAUAUAUUCUCACGAGCCGAAUUCUAACAACAAGGCGUCUGGAGACAAUCUCGACGGAACUGCUUUAUCUUCUAUGCUAUUAGAAUUUGAAAAUGACCAGUAUCUGGAGCUCACUGAUUUUUGGUUAACCGAGGAUAACACUCCAUGUCAAUCUACCAUGCUGAAUGACGCAUUAACUUGCACGCAUAAUAAUCUGGUUCCCAUGCCUGAUUCAGUCCCUUACUUUUCUAAUGAUGGCAGUACUUCAAUGCAUUAUGCUUCUUAUGCAGGAGCUGAAAUUACCAAUGGACAACCUACAAUUAAUGUACAGCAACAGACAGAAGAUGUUGGAAUAUUUGCCUAUCACCCAGAUGCUCUUGAAUCUGAAUCUCUUCUAGCCAGUUUCACCAACCCUUUUCUUUGAUACCAUGUUAGACAGACUGAUUAAGAUUUUCCAGAACUCUUGAAGAAUAAACUGCUCAGAUACCUCUGCUGAAAUUGAGUUGGCCGUCUUGAUUCUCAACCUAAAUCCACACUCUACACGGCAAAAUUUGGCUCAUUGAAAUGCAUUCAAGUUUUCAUGCUGGUCGUAGCCGGUAAGAAUCCUUGAAAGAUGCCACUGUGUAAAGCAACUUGAUAUUGCAACCGUUGUAUUGGCUGUGCUCCUUACCAGAAAACAUGAUAUCCAGAUCAAAGCUUCCGCUGCCCCAUUGAUUCAUCUAUAUAUUGUACCACCUACGCGCAGGAUCACAACCAACAUAAACGAUCUUAUCUGUUGCUAAGUCUGUUGGCCCAGCAUGCACACUACACCUUUCAUAAUUGAUCAGUCCUGUGGUUCUCUACUACUAUUACUAUAUGCCUUUAGUUUCUGCACUCGCCUGGCAAGAGAACCAAUAGAUGAAAUGUCAACUUGUGUAUUGAUCUGUAAUAGAAUUCUGAAAUAAUAUAUUUAUCUCUUGAUCAGCUCA